CUCGAUAGUGUUGACAGUCUUGGGUCGGGGAGGCUGUUAUCAAGAUCCAAAUCUGGGAUCAUUUGUUAGUUUAUCAACUAUUAGUGAAUGUUUGUGAUUGGAAUUUUAUGUUUAUAAUCUGCUGUUUAAGAUUUCUCAGGAGUAAGAGUUAAGCGGCAAAAAUGAGCUAUCAAAAUCGAACUUCCAUGUCACAUAGCAACUACGGCGACAUGCCCAUGGGUUCCUCUGUCAAAGAUCAGCAGACUUUGCUGUGGCAGCAGAGCUGCUAUUUGGAUUCUGGAAUCCAUUCUGGUUCUAAUACCCAGGCACCUUCCCUAUCAGGAAAGGAAGAAGAUCUUGAUGGCGACACACUCAUGUUAGACCUUGAUCAAGGAUUUCAGGGUUUCACCCAAGAACAAGUGGACGAAAUGAACCAACAGUUGGCUCAGACUAGAUCUCAGAGAGUUAGAGCAGCCAUGUUUCCAGAAACUUUGGAAGAAGGGAUUGAAAUCCCUGCGACACAAUUUGACACAAGCCAAGCAACCGCUGUUCAGCGCCUCACUGAACCAAGCCAGAUGCUCAAACAUGCUGUGGUUAAUCUCAUAAAUUAUCAGGACGAUGCUGACCUGGCCACUCGAGCUAUUCCUGAAUUGGUGAAGCUAAUGAAUGAUGAGGACCAGGUAGUUGUUUCACAGGCUGCAAUGAUGGUCCACCAAUUGUCAAAGAAAGAAGCUUCAAGACAUGCUAUUAUGAAUAACUCUCAGAUGGUCAUUGCCUUAGUGAGAGCUAUUUCAAACAGUAAUGACCUGGAAACUACUAAAGGAGCUGUAGGGACAUUACACAAUUUGUCUCAUCACAGGCAGGGUCUCUUGGCUAUUUUCAAAAGUGGUGGCAUCCCUGCGCUAGUGAAGCUUUUAAGCUCUCCAGUUGAAUCAGUGUUGUUCUAUGCUAUAACAACACUCCACAAUCUGUUACUCCACCAAGAAGGGAGUAAAAUGGCCGUUCGUCUUGCUGGUGGUUUACAGAAAAUGGUCGCACUCCUUCAGAGGAACAAUGUCAAGUUUCUAGCAAUUGUUACAGAUUGUCUUCAGAUCCUUGCUUAUGGAAACCAAGAGAGCAAACUGAUCAUCCUUGCUUCUCAAGGGCCCAUUGAGCUCGUCAGAAUUAUGAGGAGUUACGACUAUGAAAAGUUGCUUUGGACAACGUCCCGUGUUCUAAAAGUUUUAUCUGUCUGUUCGAGCAAUAAGCCUGCUAUUGUUGAAGCUGGAGGAAUGCAAGCAUUGGCUAUGCAUUUGGGUCACCCUUCACAACGAUUGGUGCAGAAUUGCUUAUGGACUUUAAGGAAUCUCUCUGAUGCAGGAACCAAAGUAGAUGGUCUCGAGGGUCUCUUGCAAUCCCUCGUUCAGUUGUUAGGGUCUGCAGAUGUCAACAUGGUAACUUGUGCUGCUGGAAUUCUAUCCAAUCUGACUUGCAACAACCAGAGAAACAAAGUGACUGUUUGUCAAGUUGGUGGCGUAGAUGCUCUUGUCAGGACUAUUGUGACUGCUGGAGACAGGGAAGAGAUCACGGAACCAGCUGUCUGUGCGCUAAGACAUUUGACAUCUAGACACCCUGACAGCGAAAUGGCCCAAAAUGCUGUUCGACUGAACUAUGGCCUGCAGGUUAUUGUGAAGCUCCUACACCCACCGUCACGUUGGCCUUUAGUGAAAGCUGUCAUUGGGCUGAUAAGGAACCUUGCUCUCUGCCAGGCCAAUCACGCACCUCUUAGGGAUCAUGGCGCUAUACACCACCUCAUCAGGCUCCUCAUGCGUGCAUUCCAGGAUACUCAAAGGCGAACAAGUGUCACAAGUGGUGGAACCCAGUCUGGUGGUAUAUACGCUGAUGGAGUUAGAAUGGAGGAAAUAGUUGAGGGUACCGUUGGAGCUCUUCACAUAUUAGCCAGAGAGAGCCAUAACAGAGCUAUCAUAAGGGGUCAACUGGUCAUACCGAUCUUUGUCCAGCUUCUCUUCAAUGAGAUCGAGAACAUACAGCGGGUAGCUGCUGGUGUACUCUGUGAACUGGCCCAGGACAAGGAAGGCGCCGAACUGAUAGAGCAAGAGGGUGCAACAGCACCACUGACUGAGCUGCUCCACUCCCGCAACGAAGGAGUUGCAACAUAUGCAGCUGCAGUGUUGUUCAGAAUGUCAGAAGACAAGCCUCAAGACUAUAAAAAGCGGUUGUCAAUGGAAUUGACUAAUUCCUUGUUUAGAGAGGAUCAAAACAUGUGGAAUGGCGGUGACUUGAGCAUGGCUCCAGAUCUACAAUUGUAUCUAAGAGAGUGUUGUGGUGACAACUAUGAUUACGGGACUCCUACUAGUCAUGGUGGCCGAACAUAUCAAGAAGGCUUUUAACUGUGAAUGAUUUGAUUAUAUACUCUUCCAAUGGAGGGUCCCAUUAGCUAAACAAACUUAUAUAAUAAUUGGCUGUGGCUAUUAUAUAUACCUUGAGACAAAAAUUUAUUAACAGUGAAAACUUCAAAGCUCUUCUUAGCAUGUUUCUGCAAGACUUUUGCUGUUCCUUCAUGUAACAGGUUAUGACCAGAUACCAAUAGACUCGAUGGAAGGCCUAGAACUGGAUUCCCCGAUGGACUUGGUACCCGAAGACCUUGAUUUCGGGACCUUGCCAGAUCCACCUCAAGAUAACAGCCAAGUCGCUGCCUGGUAUGACACAGACCUCUGAACGUUAUAGUUGUGUAUAUAAGAACUUUGUUCGUUACUUCAGUGUAGUAACUGCAACGUCAGUUGUACUGUUGUAGCAAAAUGUGGUACCAGCCUCAUAUUCACCAAAAUGGCCCAUUAAGUUAAAUACUGCUUCUUGAAAUAUUCAAGAGAUGAUUGUAUUUUGUUUUUUUAAUUUUAGAAAAACAAAAUUGAUUUAAGAAUUUCUCUAAAGUAAUACUUUGAAUCGAAAGUUACUAUGUGCUAUAGGCAGUUGAUUUCCCAUUCCUCUGUGUGGAAUGAUGAUGAAUGAUUGAAUGUUUUAUUUAGUAAUAGUGAGUUAAUAUAAAAAAAAACUGAAGAGUAUAUUAUAUUAAACUUUGUUGAGUUAUUUUUUGUAUUUUAUAUAACGUCGGCUAUCUACAACAAUUUAAAUGUUGUACAUUUCAAGAAGCCUUUUUUUAUAAAUUUAGUUAAACUUUGUUUACCAAUUACGGCCCAUAGGAUUUGUGGGACCACAUUUUCCAGGCAGCAUUAUAAUUAGAAUGUAAAUAUAUAUAUAUAUAUAAUUUUUCCAUUUGAGACCUUAAUUAAUUCUAUACAAAUGAAUUGGGUUCGUCAUUGUUUUAAUGGAAUCAUUAAAAUGAAAUACUUCUUGAAACGGUUUUCUAUUUGCUGGUUAGUACAUUCAAAAACGUGCAACCAUUUUUUUUUUUUUUUUUUUUUUU